UUGUUUUUUCUCUUAUUUCUUUACUUCUUUCCUUCUUUCUUUCCUUUCUUUCUUUGUUCUUUCUUUCCUCUCUUUCCACUUCUGAUAUUUCUUUUUGAUAUUUUUUCAAAUUCCUCACAAUCCUGUACUUCCUUUUUUCCUUCCUUUUUUCCUUCCUUCCUUCCAUUUUUCCUUCCUACUUUCCUUCUUUCCUUCCUUCCUUUCUUCCUUCCUUCCUUCCUUCCUUCAUUCCUUUCUUCCUUCCUUUUUUCCUUCCUUCCUUCCUUCCUUCCUUUUUUCUCUUAUUUCUUUACUUCCUUCCUUCCUUUUUUCCUUCGUUCUUUCUUUCCUCUUUUUCCACUUCUGAUAUUUCUUUCAAAUAUUUUUCAAAUUCCUCACAAUCCUGUACUCUUCUUUCACAUGUCUUAUAACCAUACUUUCUUUCUUUUUCUCUUAUUUCUUUUCUUUUUUCUUCCUUCCUUCCUUCCUUCCUUCCUUCCUUCCUCUUUUUCCACUUCUGAUAUUUCUUUUAUAUUUUUUUUUCAAAUUCUUCAAAAUCCUGUACUUUUCUUUUCUUUCAAAUUUCUUAGAACCCUACAUUCCUUCUUUUCUUAUUUCUUUCUAUCCCUCCUUCCAGCAUCAAAUUCUACUUUUCAUAUUUAUUUUCUCAUAUUUCUCACAAUACACCUUCUCUCUCUUUUAUACUGUUUUCCACUCUUUCCUUCAUUGCUUUCUUUUUUCUUUCUUCUUUCACUAUUUAAUCUUUCUUUUCAUCCCUCAUUUUCUAUUUCCUAUAUUUCUUUCACAUUUCUCACUAUCUCUAAUCUCUCUUCUUUCCCCCCUCUUUCUUUUACUCCUCUUUCUUUCCUCCCCUAUUACUUUCUUUCUUUGUUUCUUUCUUGUCUUUCCUUUUUCUGUUUUUCUCUGUACCAUCUUAUAUUUUUUGCUUUUAUAUUUCUUACUUUCGUACUUACUGAUCUAAAUUUUACAUACUUUCCUUCCUUCCUUCCUUCCUUCCUUCCUUCCUUCCUUCCUUCCUUCCUUCCUUCCUUCCUCCAUUCAUUCAUCCAUUGUUUCUUUCUUUUCUCUCCACUUUUUCAAUCUAUUUUCAAAUCCUCUAAUCUGUCUUUCCUGUCUUCCUCAUUUUCAUAUUUUUGCUUCUUUCUUUCUUUCUUUCUUUCUUUCUUUCUUUCUUUCUUUCUUUCUUUCCAUUCUAAUUUUCUCUUCCUUUUCAAUAUUUUUUCUCAUUUCUGGCUUUUAUACUUAGAAACCUCAAUUCUGCCUUUCUUGUUUCCUUCUUUCCUUCCUUCCUUUCCCAAAACCCAUAGCAACCCUCCUCCCCACUGCUCAUUAGUUGGUUUUCAUCUUCUUUUCUUUCUCUUCCUGCGUAGAUUAUCCCUAAAUCAAUUGGCUGAUCAAUCAAUCAGUCAAUCCAGAAAGAUAAUCCAUGACUCAUCCAAUCUAUACACUUGCAAAUCAUUCUCUCUGUCUCACCUCGGUUCCUUGUUUGUCUCUUUUUUCUUCUUCCAAGUUGUUUUGCUUCUUUUUCUAUCUUUAUGUCACUAUUUCUAUUCAUUUCUUUCUCUCUUUCUCUUGCUUUCUUUCUUUCUCAAUUUUCUGUUACUCUAUCAUCUUUUUUCUCUCCCAAUUUCUUUUUUCUGUUUCGAUCUCUCUCUUUUUCUUUUUCUGUUCAUUCUCUUUGUCUCACCUAGAUACCUUGUUUGUCACUUUUUUAUUUCCAAGUUGUUUUGCCUCUCUUUCUAUCUUUUUUCCACUUUCCUCUUCUUUCUCUUUUCCUUUCUCCUAAUCAUUUUUUCCUCAAGUUUCUACUUUCCCAUUCUAUCAUUCUUUUCUCACUUUUUCCAUAAAUCUAGUUGCACUUUUUUUCUCUCCUUGUCUCCCUUUUCUCUGCCUCUAUUUCAUUCUCAGCUUGUUAUCAACAAAUCAAACCCUGAUUUUUCUUCCAUUUCUCUCUCUCUCUCUCUUUUUACCCCUUCUCUUUUUUCUCUCCUUUCUUUCAAUAAACCUAGCCAUUUUUUUUUUCUUUUUAUUUUUCUUGCCUUCUUUCCCUUUAAUCCCUCUUUGCCACCCUUUCAGUUUCUAUCUCUCUUCUUUUCUCCUCUUUUUUUCAAUAAAUCUAACACAAUUUUCUUUUUCAUUUAUCUUGCUUUCUGUCUGUUUUCGGAUUUUCUUUCUCGCCUUUCUUUCAGUAAAUCUAGCCUCCUCUUUUUCUCUGUGUCUCUCUUCAUUUCUUUCCUUUUUUUUCUUCUCUCUCUUUCAGAAAAUAUGUCUCCUCUUUUUCUCUCUUUAAAUUGGUUUCAGUUUCUUUCUCUCUUUUUUCCCCCCUUUCUUUCUAGCCCUUUCUUCUUCUUCUUCUUCAUUUGUCUCCCUUUUAUAUCUAGCCUCUUCUUUUUCUUGGCUCCCUUUAAGUCACUUUUUGCUUUCUCCCCUUUCCUUCACAAAAUCUACCCCUCUCUUCUUCUCCACUUGCUAUCUAUCUAUCUAUCUAUCUAUCUAUCUAUCUAUCUAUCGAUCUAUCUCAGUCUGUUACUAUCUAACUAUCUAUCUCAGUCUGUUCCUAUCUAUCUAUCUAUCUAUCUAUCUAUUUUAGUCUGUUUGUAUCUAUCUAUCUAUUUCAUCUGUUCAUACAUAUCUAUCUAUCUAUCUAUCUAUCUAUUUCAGUCUAUUCAUAUCUAUCUAUCUAUCUAUCUAUCAAUAUCUAUCUAUCUCAGUCUAUACAUAUCUAAGUCUGUUCAUAUCUAUCUAUCUAUCUAUCUAUCUCAUUCAGUUUAUAUCUAUGUAUCUCAGCCUGUUCAUGUUUAUCACAAUUUGUUUGCAUCUCUCUCUCUCUCUCUCUCUCUCUCUCUCUCUAUCUCUCUAUCUCUAUCUAUGUCAUUCAGUUUGUAUCUAUCUCUGCCUGUUCAUGUUUAUCACAAUUUGCUCAUAUCUAUCUAUCUAUCUAUCUAUCUAUCUAUCUAUCUAUCUCAUUCAAUUUAUAUAUAUAUAUCAUUUCAUGCAUCUAUCUAUCUAUCUAACUAUCUAUCUAUCUAUCUAUUUAUCUAUUUAUCUAUCUAUCUAUCUAUCUAUCUCAUUUGCAUAUACCUACACAAAUAUGUAUCUAUUUACCUAUCUGUCUGUCUGUCUCACCAUAUUCAUAUCUAUCUAUCUAUCUAUCUCUCUAUCUAUCUAUCUAUCUAUCACAGUCUGCUUCUUUCUUUCUUUCUAUCUAUCUAUCUAGCUAUCUCAGUCUGCUUCUUUCUAUCUAUCUAUCUAUCUAUCUAUCUAUCUAGCUCAGUCUGCUUCUUUCUUUCUAUCUAUCUAUCUAUCUAUCUAUAUCUAUCUAUCUAUCUAUCUAUCUAUCUCAGUCUGCUUCUUUCUUUCUAUCUAUCUCAUUCUGCUUCUUUCUUUCUAUCUAUCUAUCUAUCUAUCUAUCUAUCUAUCUAUCUAUCUAUCUCAGUCUGCUUCUAUCUAUCUAUCUAUCUGAAAUUUCUUCCUUACUUUUUUUCAUAUUUUUCUUCUAUCCAUGCUUUCUCAUUCUUUUAUUCUUACCUUAAGAGAAUAUUUCUUUCUUCUUUUUCUUAUAUCUACACAUUCUCAUUUGAACAUUUCUUCCAUAUUUUUUCCACUCUUUCUCUUUCUUUUAUUCUUAACUUGAAGAGAACAUUUUGUCUUUCUUUUGUCCAUAUGUUUAUUUUAUCCACUCUUCCUGAUUAUUUUAUUCUUGCCUAUUGUCGUUUCUUUGCUCUUUCUUUCUUAUUUACGCUAUUUAUAUUUACAUUUUCCUUUCUUCCUUUCUUUUUUUCCCUCUCAUUAGAUGACAAAUAUCAAUCACCAUCAAUCUCUCUGUUUCGGACAUUUGCCUCCAGACUUUUUUUUACUUUUCUUUACCUAACGUUUAUUUUCUCUUUCCUUCUUUUGUUUUUCAUUCAUUCUCUUUUUUCUUCUUUUCUUUGUCAAACAUUUUCAUGCCAUUCUUACUUCCUCUCUUUCAAUCAAAUUACUUUUACCUUUCUCUCAUUAUUUUUUAAAAUUAUUUCUCCUUCUUAUUUUGCAUUCUCUGCUUCUACUUUUAUUAUUAUUUUUCUCUCAUUUAUCAUGCAUUUUUAUCUUUUUUAUGACAUUUUUUUACUUUAUUUUUUUCUCUUCUUGUUUUACUAUCAUUCAUUCAUUUCUUUUUCUUCUUUUCUUCUAUUCCUUCUUGUGCUUUUUCAUUUUCUUUCUCACAUCUUUCUAUUUUUAUCCCUUCUCUUUGCUUCUUGUGUUUCUUUCCUCUUUAAUUUCUUUUCUUUUUCUUCUUUCUAUAUUAGACUUUUGUUUUUGUACACUCUUUCCUUUCUCAAAUUCUCUCACACUUUUCUUUUUUUCAUUCUGGUAUUCUUGUCCACCAUUCUGUUAUUCUUUGCACCAUUCAAAUAUUCUACCCACCAUUCUUGUAUUUUAUCUAUUAUUCUGUUAUUCUGCUCAACUUUAUGCUUGUUCAUAUUUAUCUAUCUAUCUAAGUCUGUUCAUAUCUAUCAAUCUAUUUAUCUAUCUAUCGAUCUUGGUCUUUUCAUAUCCAUUUCAGUAUCUUCAUAUCUGCCUAUCUAUCUCACUAUUCAUAUAUAUCUCAUUUUUCAUAUCUAUCUAUCUAUCUAUCUUUGUCUGUUCAUAUCUAUCUAUCUAUCUAUCUAUCUAUCUAUCUAUCUAUCUAUCUAUCUUCGUCUGUUCAUAUCUAUCUAUCUAUCUAUCUAUCUAUCUAUCUAUCUAUCUAUCUAUCUUCGUCUGUUCAUAUCUAUCUAUCUAUCUAUCUAUCUAUCUAUCUAUUUUCGUCUGUUCAUAUCUAUCUAUCCAUCAAUCUAUCUAUCUAUCUAUCUAUCUAUCUAUCUAUCUAUCUAUCUAUCUUCGUCUGUUCAUAUCUAUCUAUCCAUCAAUCCAUCAAUCUAUCUAUCUAUAUAUCUAUCUAUCUAUCUAUCUAUCUAUCUAUCUAUCUUCGUCUGUUCAUAUCUAUCUAUCUAUCUAUCUAUCUAUCUAUCUAUCUAUCU